AUGGAACGUAUCCGGAUAAAUGUACCUUCGCAUUCGUCAUGGCGUGGGUUGUGCUGGUGACGGGAGGGUCCCGCGGGUUUGGCCGUGCACUGGCCUUGGCCUUCGCAGCGAACAAAGCCUCCGCCGACGAUGGAGAUCUGCACUUGCACCUGUGGUCCCGUGACGCGGCUGGUAUGGCAGCCACGGCGGCCGACGUCACUGCUGCUUGGCAACGCCAGACCAGCCAUAGCAUCCAUGUGACGCAGACCGUCGUGGACUUGAGCGACGACUCCACGUACGGACCUGCCAUCGACACGUUCGUUGAGGAAGCACAAGCAGCCGCGUCCGUCGACCGUGUCGUGGUGUUCCACAACGCUGGAUCCUUGGGCCAAGUGGGACGCAUUGCCGAAGUGGCAUCUCCCCAAGUGAUUCGACGGCACAUGGAACUGAACGUGAAUUCCGUACUAUGGAUCAACAAACGGCAAGAUCAAAUGUCCAUACUUCGACUAACCAUAGUGUAUAUAUCUAGACUCUUGCAAGUGUAUGGCACCCAAGCUCAGGCAGCUAAAGUGCCAUCACCAGUGCUCUACUUGAUCAACGUUAGUUCGUUAAACGCUAUUGAACCCUUCGCCACCUGUGGACUCUACUGUGUUUUCAAAGCGGCUCGCGACAUGCAUUUCCGAGUGGUGGCCACGGAAGAAGACGCGACGCGUGUGAAAUGCCUCAAUUACGCGCCAGGACCCAUGCAAACGGAAAUGGGAAACGAGAUCCGAGAUGGACAUGCGACGGACCCGGCCCUCCAGCGCAUGUUUAAAAAGCUCCAAGCCGAUGGCACAUAUGUCGAUGUGAAUGUGUCGGCGCAGCUGUGUGUGUCGCAUGUAUUUGGGCCGACGCUGGUCUCCGGCUCCCAUGUGGAUUAUUACGACAUCUACCAAGGCUAAUACAUCCCUGCAGCAUACUACUAGACAAAUAAGUCUAUAUGCAGUCAUAUAACAUCGGCCCUUUCCAAUC